CCUUGUUCAGUGUAAAAGUCAAUUUUCUUCUCCUUUCCUAAUUCCAGUGCGUGAAUUUGAUGGUUUUUAGACUGUGGAAUCGAAAAGUUUGACUUGUGGGGAUCAUGGAAUUGGUGCAGAACUCUGGCUCUGUGAGCUGAGGUUUGCUGUCCGAGAUAAUUGAUCUUGGCUAGUUGUUCUUCGUUUGACUAGCUCAAUAGAACUAAAAUCUAUGACGCUGAUGUGUUUUCUUCUGGUUUCUUGCUGACAAAUGGUGGGAGGAAGGAGGAAGAAGGAGGAGAGCGGCGACGACGGUUGUUUUGGGGAAAGAAGGAGGUGGGAGGUACCGAGGUGGGAAGAAGGAGGAAGAAGGGUUGGGUGGGGUUGGGUCAUGGGUUGGGUUGGGUUGGUUUUAAUGACGUGGCGGGUCGGGUUUUAUUUUUGUUGGGUUAUAUCCGGCUGAUUAGGCAAUUCUGUUUGCCACAU